UCAUUCAAUUUUUAUGAUCCAAAAAUUAGCAUAACAGAAAAAUUUAAAAAAAAAAAUUAUGACUCUAGAAAUCACUACAUGUCAAGGAAGCUAAAAAGGGAAACAUUCACUUCAAGUCUUUCUAUCCAUUUGACAUAAAAUUCAUUUUAUUUCCGGGCUUUCUAUAAAUAUAGCCAUACCUUUUUUGCACCCCUAUAGACCACUUAGACAAUAACCCAUAAACCUUACUCUCUUAUCUAAUAAUGUCGAAGGCACCGGCAAUAAGCGACGAGGGGCCGGCUCACCACGGGAAAGACUACGUUGACCCACCGCCGGCGCCCCUCUUCGACGCCGGGGAGCUCCGCCGCUGGUCAUUCUACCGUGCACUCAUCGCCGAGUUCAUCGCCACCCUCCUCUUUCUCUACGUCACCGUCGCCACCGUCAUCGGUCACAAGAAGCUUAACGCCGGAGACCACUGCGACGGCGUCGGAAUUCUCGGAAUCGCCUGGGCCUUCGGUGGCAUGAUCUUUGUCCUCGUUUACUGCACUGCCGGAAUUUCAGGAGGACAUAUAAAUCCGGCGGUGACAUUCGGGCUGUUCCUGGCCAGGAAGGUGUCUCUAAUAAGGGCAGUGUCCUACAUGGUGGCACAGUGUUUGGGAGCCAUAUGCGGGGUGGGGUUGGUGAAGGCGUUUAUGAAGCACCACUACAACCAGCUCGGCGGCGGCGCAAACGCCGUGAGCGGCGGCUACAACAAGGGAACGGCCUUGGGUGCUGAAAUAAUCGGAACAUUCGUGCUGGUCUACACCGUUUUCUCAGCAACCGACCCAAAGAGGAGCGCGCGUGACUCUCACGUCCCUGUUCUGGCUCCCCUGCCCAUCGGCUUUGCGGUGUUUAUAGUCCACCUCGCCACCAUCCCCAUCACCGGAACUGGGAUCAACCCCGCCAGGAGCUUCGGCGCCGCUGUCAUCUACAACAACAAACAAAUAUGGGAUCAGCACUGGAUCUUCUGGGUCGGGCCGUUCGUCGGAGCUCUGGCCGCCGCCGCCUACCACCAGUACAUCUUGAGAGCUGGGGCAAUUAAAGCUCUGGGAUCUUUCCGCAGCAACGCCAGCAACUGAUUUAAUGAUUAUGGUGUGGGUAUAUAUCGUUCAUGGAAUUUGAGGAUGGAUUUGAUUAUCAUUUAUUAAACUUCUUUUUAUUGUUUAAUUUACUCUGUAUCUGUUUGCUUUGCUGAUGAAUUGUUAAACUACCUAUUCUAAUUCUAUUGUCUUUUCUCGUGAAAUGCAUAUAUUUUCAUGUUAAUUACUUAGUAGUACAGUAUUACAGAGUAUCAUUGCAUGAUUUGUUUUUGGCCAUUGUAUUAGAGUGAAUAUUGUCCAAGAUGAUUAUACGGAGUAUUAGUCACACACAA